GCUAAGACGAAGGGGUGCCUAUCAAACCAUGGUACCAAGAAGAAUUAUCACUCCAGCAAAGAAACCCGCAGUAAUUAUUUAAGAAACGAGCAGCCUAAAGAAAAUUUGUCACAGAAGGAAAUGCAACAUAUUUUUAAUCGUAUGAACCCCCAAAUGCAAGAAAUAAUUCGUUAUAUAGACCUUCAAAGAACAGCAGAUUGUGAAAGGAUUCUUAAGAAAAUUGAAAACUCCAAAAGAAGUAUUUUAUACGAUCUCGGUAAAAUGAUGAAAACUAUGAAUUCAAUGACUCCGUUCGGAGGACCCAACAAUGCUUCAUCCAACAAACCUCUCACAAGCGAAAUUCUUAACGUGAGAUUUCCUAUCAAAACUCAUGAAGAAUUCCUAAUUUUUGAACAAUCUCUAUCUGCAAUGCAUGAAGAAACGAGAGACGAAGAUCGGAAAGUCAUCGAGCAUUCAGGGUUAGCGAAAAAAAAGGUUUUGGUCUCUACGUUUUGGGGAUGGGUGGGCUCGGAAGACACUUGGAAGGACUGCGUGAGGAAGUGCAUGAAUUGCUUACUUCAUAAAGAUGUGCAAAAAAUCUACAGUGGAAGAGGGAGGCAAACCAUACUCAGUCGUAAAGAGGCUUUUGAUAAAACAGCAUCUUGCGAGUGCAUAAAAGAGUUUUUGUUGAAGAAAUUUCCUUCAACAACUAUGGACAUUGUUUCCUACAUAGGAAACCAUUUGAGCCAGGCUCAAGGGAAGAAAAAGUAAUUUUUCCAAAGAUGACAGGAAGCAGAAGAGAUGCCGUGAAAAGCACACAGAAAAAUGAGUUUAAAAAAAUGUUACAUUGUUUCGAGUUUAGAUUUAAAUUUAAUGUUCUACAUAUAAUG